UGAUAAGGAUGUGAUAAUACGUCAACGUGUUCGAAAAACUGAGCGCCGGUCUCAUUAUUCGAUUGAUUUUCUUGCUGAGCACUUGAACUGAAGAAUUGAAAUUUGAGCAAAAAUUUGAAGAAUACAAAAAGAUAUUGUAAAGACUACAAAAUGAGUCCCAGUGUCACGAAUGGAACAACUUUUAAACCAGUCACUCACGUUAUAUUCGAUAUGGAUGGAUUACUCUUGAAUUCUGAAGAAUGCUACCACAAAGUAGAUUUAGCUGUAAUCGGUCAGUUUGGCAAGGCAGUACCAGAUCACCUCAAACUAGAAAUAUUGGGUUAUUCGGAUAUGGAUUGUGCUAAAAAAAUCGUCGAAAUUUGCGAACUACCGAUUACGACCGAAGAAUACGCCAAAGAAGCUAAAAAAUAUACUCAUUUAUUGAAAGAUGUUAAAUUAUUACCAGGUGCUGAAAGAUUAAUUAGACAUUUAGCUAAACAUAAUAUUCCGAUCGCGAUCGCUACAAGCAGUAGUAAUACUAGUGUUCAAGCUAAAAUACACAACCAUCAAGAACUUUUCAGUUUAUUUCAUCACAUGGUGAUGGGAAGUAGUGAUCCUGAAGUAACUAAAGGCAAACCUCAUCCGGAUAUAUUUCAAAUUUGUGCUAGGAGGUUUCCUGAUAAUCCAGAUCCUGAACAGUGUCUGGUUUUCGAAGACGCUCCGAACGGUGUUACUGCAGCCAGAAAAGCUGGAAUGCAAUCUGUACUCGUUCCAGACGAAAAUUUACCAAUGGAACGAAGAAAAAAUGCCACCUUAGUGCUUAAUUCAUUGCUCGAAUUCGAGCCUGAAAAAUUCGGCUUACCUCCAUUUUAAAAAUGUUUUAUUUGCUUGUUUUUUAAAAAUGUGUUUUACCUGUGUAUUUAAUAUUUAUUGUAUGUAAGAUGAUGUUUGAUUUUAACUUUCAAAAAAAUGGUUCUCUAUUUUAAAUAUGAACGAAUUGUGUAUUUUUUGUUAAAAGAAUACACUUUUUUUAAAAAAUUAUUCGUUAACAUUAAUAUUUUUGUUUAAAUUUAACUGGAAAAAAUCAUUAUGUGAAAGUAAAAAUUAAAUUGCAUUUUUCAUCA